AUGACCUCGUUCGCGUAUACCACCCCGUUCGCGUCUAACCCCAUCGAGACCAGAGAGGAGCUAACACAGUAUCUCAUCGGUCUACUCGAUCCCCUUGCCGCCCACACGUCUCCCGGAGGUGCUCGCAUUCAUCUCGGUUUCACUGGCACCCAUUACGACGAGGCAGCAGCUCAUCUGGAGGGCUUCUCGCGCCCAAUAUGGGGUCUUGCGUCCUUGCUUGCGGGCGGAGGCUCAUACCCUGGCGUGGAGCGCUGGAUCCGCGGUUUCACCAAUGGUACGAACCCUGAUCAUGAAGAGUUUUGGGGAAACAUGCGCAGCAAGGACCAGCGCAUGGUCGAAUGCUCCGCUAUCGGUUUCGCCCUCUCGGUCGCGAAAGAGCAAAUCUGGGAUCCCCUCCCGGAUGAAGGCAAGCGGAACCUCGAGAACUGGCUCGGUGGUAUGAACGACAAGGAUAUGCCCAAUACCAACUGGCUAUGGUUCCGCGUUUUCGCCAACCUCGGGUUGUCUAAGGUCGGCUCCCCCAAGUUUGACGCGAACCGGAUGAAAGCAGACCUCGAUCACCUGGACACAUUCUAUAUCGGCGACGGAUGGUCGCGGGAUGGGCCAGAAGGCGUCGUCCAGCUCGAUUAUUACUCAUCUUCCUUCGCCAUUCAGUUUGCCCAGUUGGUCUACUCCAAGUUGGCGCAGGAUUACGACCCGGCCCGGUGCGAAGAGUUCCGGAAUCGCGCCCGCCAAUUCGCGCUGGACUUUGUGCACUACUUCGACGAACAAGGCCGCGCAAUUCCCUUCGGCAGAAGUCUGACCUACCGCGCCGCCAUGUCCUCCUUCUGGGGCGCUCUGGCCUUCGCCGACGUCGAUCCCCCAGCACCUCUCACCUGGGGCGCCAUCAGAGGCCUCCAGCUCCGGAACCUCCGCUACUGGGCCCGCCAGCCUGGCGCAUACAACAGCGACGGCACCUUCACCAUCGGCUAUGUCUAUCCGAACCAUAACAUGACCGAGAACUACAAUUCACCGGGCAGCCCGUACUGGUUCUGCAAGUCCUUCAUCGCCCUCGCCCUCCCGCCCUCGCACCCCUUCUGGUCAUCUCCCGAAGAGCCCUACCCCGCCGCCCUCCGCAACACCGUCAAGCCCCUCCACAAGCCGCUGCACAUCGCGACGAACCUGGGCGGCCACACCUACGUCCUCUCCUCGGGCCAGCAGUGCUCCUACCCCGUCAAGCAGAGCGCGGCCAAAUACGGCAAGUUCGCGUACUCCUCCGCGUUCGGCUACAGCGUCCCCGUCGGCUCGCUCACCCUCGAGGAGCACGGCGGCGACAGCGCGCUCGCGCUCUCCGCGGACGGCGGCGAGACGUGGAAGUUCCGGCGCGAGACGAAGGAGGCGCGCAUCGAGAGCGGGGGGUGGCUGCGCUCCGCGUGGUACCCGUGGCCCGACGUGUCCGUGGAGACGUGGCUCGUGCCCCCGACCGCGGACGCCCCGCUCUGGCACCUGCGCGUGCACCGCAUCCGCAGCGGCCGCCCUCUCCUCUCCGCCGAGGGCGGCUGGGCGAUCUUCGGGCAGGGCGCGGAGGACCGGGCGCUGGAGCCGUCGACGGGUGAGGCGUACGGGACGCUUGAGGAGGGCAGCGCUGCACGUGCGACGUCCAAGGCGGGCGUGUCGGGCAUCGUCGAGCUGCGCGAGCGGCCGAGCAGGAAGGGCAGGGCGAUGCGCACGGACGCGAACACGAACCUCAUGGUGCCGAGAGCGGUGAUGCCGACGCUCCUGGAUGAGCAUGAUGCGCAGGAGGGGGAUAUUUGGUUGGUGACGGCGGUGUUCGGCCUCCCGAGCAAGACUGGGGAGGAGGGCGCUGAGCCUGGCUGGGAAGCGGAGUGGAAGAAACGGCCUGUGACUCCUGAAGCUAUCGCUUCGCUCAUCGCGUAGGGCAUCGAAACGUAGAAGAGAAGCGACAGUAUGUAUCACUAUGUAUCGUAAUUCGUGGCUCUCGGGAUGUCGUCC